GAAAAGUCUUGGACGGAAGCCUACGCGGAGAGCCUGAAACCCAGCCGGUGGCAUACCGACCCUGGCUCUUCAAGGCUCCAGUGUAGUUACAUCAGCUUCAGAGGGAGCACAGUCUCCCAGUGUACCAGACAGACAGGCAUGGCGCUGGGCAUGUUUUGUGGCGUAGAGGAUCUCUUGGCCUCUGGGAGUCAGAUAGUGUGGACUUUGGCUGAACAGGUGUUGAGAAGAUGCUACAGUGAUGGGCUUGUGCCCUGUAGGAGAUUCAUGCAAACAUGGUGCCAUCUGGGAGAUGUUUAUGAGAUGACGGAGGGCCGGCUGUGCCAGGUGCUGUUGCUGGAUGACCGGCAGUUAGAACUGCUGGUUCAGCCAAAACUGUUGUCCCGAGAUCUCUUGGAUUUGGUUUCAUCCCAUUUCAACCUAAAAGAGAAAGAAUAUUUUGGAAUCUCCUUUACUGAUGAGAGGGGUCAAACAAAGUGGCUACAGCUGGAACGCAGAGUGUUGGACCAUGACUUUUCCAAAAAGACUGGACCUCUUGAUCUCAAAUUCCAAGUCAGGUUUUACAUUGAGAGCGUCGCAUAUUUGAAAGAUGCCAUCACUGUUGAACUGUUUUUCCGGAAUGCUAAGAUAGCUGUUUACAAUGGAAACCUUGAGGUGGAGAGUGAGACUGUUUUUAAGUUAGCAGCGUACACGGUGCAGGAGGCGAACGGAGACUACACAAGUGAUGAAAGUGCAAGAUUGGACAUAAAGAAACUUCAGACUUUUCCCACAACAGUUUUAAAGGAGCACCCAUCAUUAGCCUUUUGUGAAGAUAAAGUAAUCCAGCAUUACAAAAAACUAAAAGGGAUCAGUCGUGGACAGGCUAUUAUACGGUACCUCACCUUAGUUGAAUCCUUACCUGCGUAUGGAGUUCAUUACUACGAAGUGAAGGAUAAGCAAGGCUUGCCGUGGUGGUUGGGUAUUAGCUACAAAGGCAUCGGCCAGUACGACCUGCAAGACAGACUCAAGCCACGCAAGCUCUUUCUGUGGAAACAGCUCGAGAACUUGUAUUUCCGUGAGAAGAAGUUCGCCGUAGAGGUCAACAACCCUCAGAGGACAACAUCUAAACGCACAUUUGGUCAGUCUGGUCAGGUCAUCCACACUUGGUAUGCCAGUCACUCUUUGAUCAAAACCAUCUGGGCGAUGGCAAUAAGCCAACACCAGUUCUACCUGGACCGCAAGCAGAGUAAAGCUAAUAUAACCACAGCAAAAAGUUUGGGUGACAUUGCCAUGGAUCUCACGGAGACCGGAGGCCCAAGGAACAGUAAGCUGAUCAGCAUGGAAAGUAAAGACAAACUCAUCAUGGCCAGCACUGGAAGUUUGGUCUCCUCAAAUUCUGCAGACAAUGAGGUGAAUGAGGAACAGAAGAAAGAAAAGAUUGCAGAAUUGAACAACAAAAAGAAAAACCUGGAGGAGCUUCUAGCACUAAAGGUGGAUGAGCUAAAGAAAGUCUGCCUUCGAGAAGCGGAGUUGACCGGUGUGUUACCUAAAGAGUACCCAGUGAUGCCAGGGGAGAAGCCACCCAUUGUUCGAAGACGCAUGGGAACUGAAUUCAAAUUGGAUGACCUCUUCCCCUAUGAUGCUGACCCAACCUUAAGAAACCUAGAGGGCCGCUUUGCUCUCCAGAAGAAGAUCGUAGAGGCUGCACAAAAACUUGCCUAUGAAAAUGAGCUUUGUAAAACUGUAAAGAAAAAGCGGAGGAGAAACCUUCAGGAUGCUACGAAAAAGCUCCAACUGAUCGAAAAUGAGAUUAAUAAUUACAGAGUGAAGGUUGGCAAAAAGCCCACACAAAGAGCUUCAGUCAUUAUUGCCGAUAAUGUGAGCCUUGACACCCUGAAUUUGGAUGAUGAUGAGCCAUUGCAAAGACUUCGUUCCCGUUCAGUGCAGUAUUCUCCACGUCCAAACUCUGCGAACUCCUUUCCUACGGAAUACCAUUCGGAUCACGCAGAUCCCCUCAAUGACGAUAUCCAGGACUACAGCAGAUUUAAUUAUCCCGAAGAAUCUUUGGUCUAUACACACGGAGAUACCCUAUCGACACACAGCAGCCCCUACCGUCAACUUUUGCAUCAACCUCAUGACUCCCGGAGCAUGCCUCCAACCCCGCAACUUCCCCGCAAUGCAUACAGCAGUAUCCAGCUCAGCACUCAUUUUCGGCAGCGAAGCGGCAGUCUGGAAUCUCAGUCGCAGUUCAUUACGGAAAGCGAACCGCCCGUGCCCGCUUUCACAAGCUCGGCUCCCCGUCGUAGCAACAGCACCGAGAUACUCGACGAUGGAUCUUCUUAUACCAGUCAGUCCAGCGCAGAGUACACUGGAUCCGUCUACCAUUCCCGUGCAAAGAAUCGCCACAAACGAAGGCAAGGCAACAUUUACGCCAACACGGGAAGCAUGCCCAAUCUAGCCCAAAAUGACUCGAGGUAUUACACCUCCCAGCCUCAGCAACAACCAACCACCACGGCAUAUUACGUCACCGGAUACCCACGAUACAUCGAACCGGAAAUGUACCCGAGCGCAUCGUAUGUGUAUGAAACCGAGAUGGAGGGACAGUAUAACAUCAAUGCUUCCUACCAAAGACAUGACCCCUAUGGAAACUACGGUCAUGAUGAGAUGGACGGUAUGCCCCAGAACCUUUAUGCCACAUUAAGGCCAUCAAGGGUCCGUCCACCAUCUAGGAAUGAGAACUUGGCCAAAAGCAUGCAAAAGCUGGAAGUGGCGGAACACUUGAGGGGUUGGUACCACCGACAGCACAGACAACAGGGCUAUGAUACAUUCAGACCUCCUUCUCAGCAGAACCUCGGUUAUAGGACCAUGUCACCAAGUUACGUACGCAGCGACAGUUCAGCUUCCUAUUCGUCAGUGAGUUCAGGGAACUGGAACGGUCGACCGGUCAUGGGAAUGCCUCAUGAGUAUGAAAUGCCUCUUGCACACCACCAGCCUUACAGCUACGGCACCGUCCAUCACGGUCACUCCUUACACAGCAGCCCUGACCCCCAUCUGCUGCCUCUGCCUCCUGACCCUCUUAUGGACAGAUACCCACCCGAGUUCGGGUUGAUGACUCCGGGCAGGAGAAGCCCAUUGCCGUUGUCUUUAGAUGUGCCUGGUGCUGUCGGCAGCGAUUAUGAGCAGGAAUACUUUUAUAGUCAUUUCUAAAGGCACAGACAACACAUAAUAAAGUGAUCGUACAUGGAUAUACACCAACAUGAUUCGCACACGAGCAGUCCGGUCGACAGCAGUUUCGACUCCGAAGACCAGCAGACAAUUUAUUGGCACGAAGACUCAAAACCAGGAACAAUAGUGUAGAGAGCGAGCGAAUAAAAUUUCUCACACUCUCAUGUGCCUUCUCUCAAAGGUUGAAAUGCAUCAACCGCUACAGGAAUGUGACCCGUCGAGAGCCUUAAAAAUAUACUCAUGGUCGAUCCUGCUGGGUGACUUCGAAAAGGACAAAGCAUUACCUUUUUGAACGGCGUUGCUUAAAAUGCAUAAAGACUGAAACGUACCUGGACGCUGUGGGGUGAAACUUUUAAUUCUGUAUUGUACAGAGUGGCUGUUUUUAGCCAACAUGCACAUAGUAACCACAUAACUAAACAGCCUGUGAAACUGAAGGAUAUUGCAAACUUUAACGUUACGUCAGGCACAAGCAAAUAAUAUGAAGGAUCGAGCCUGCACCGAUUUUUGUGUGCUACGCUUUACCAAAAUACUUUUCAGUGCUUUUUGUGUUUCAUAUGCCGAUUUAAUCUUUUAAGAAAUGUUUUUUUUGUUCUGUUUUGUUUAAAACCAAAAGUACUUGGAAUGUGACUGUGCAAGAAAAGCUUUUGUAUUCAGUAUUUUCUCACUCUCGAGUGCAUUUACAAUACAGGUGUCAUUUCAGGUGUGUCGUCUUCGCACUUGUAUUGGGACACCUGUGCAUUUAUCAGUAACACUGUUUUUGAUUUGCGUGCUUUUAACGCUUAGACCGAUCACAAGCAGUAUUACUGUAUUUCUGUUUUUUUUCCAUGCCAAGUACUCAUCAGUUAUGUCUGGGGUCAACGUGUUACUUUGCGUCAGCCAGCGUAAAGUGUUACAUUUCUAAUCCUGCUAAAAAGCGAAUACACACAGAAAGGACUUCGAUUAAUGAACGAUAAGCUAUUUUAUAACACGGCUAAAGUUCCUGUAGAGGUAUAUGUGGAUGUUAUCAAAGGCAAUUUGUCUCGUACAUUCAUUAACAAACUGCCAUGUACAGGAAUUGUGGACGUUUGAAAGUGCACUUUUGAACUCUGAUGGAUUUUGCUCGCGUCUAAAGAUCACAACCAUGUGCACAGCUUUUCUCUUUCUAGUAGAGAAUGUAAAUGUAUUUGUAAAUAAUGUACAAAAGUUGGUCGUUUUUCACCUUUUAGAAAGAAUUGUUUUUAUCAUUUUGAAAAAAAAUUGUUUUAAAUACAUAAUAUAUAGUUUGGAUUUGUCAAGCUGGUUCUUAGAAAAUUCUCAACGAAAUUGAAUUAGAAUAAAAUGAUACAAAAAUA